UCUUCUAAUCUGCUUGUGAGAGUCGGCAAGUCUGAACUCGCCAGAUCCCGGGGUAGCGCCAUUCUCACCUCCAACCGGGAGAUUCCCUUCCACCUCACCGGGCCCCACAGAGCAGAGAGAGUCCCGGGGCCCCACAAAUCCACAGAGCAGAGAGGAGUCCCGGGGGCCGGAGGGCCCCACAAAUCCACAGAGCAGAGAGGAGUCCCGGGGCCCCACAGAGCAGAGAGGAGUCCCGGGGGCCCCACAGAGCAGAGAGGAGUCCCGGGGGCCGGAGGGCCCCACAGAGCAGAGAGGAGUCCCGGGGGCCCCACAAAUCCACAGAGCAGAGAGGAGUCCCGGGGGCCGGAGGGCCCCACAAAUCCACAGAGCAGAGAGGAGUCCCGGGGCCCCACAGAGCCACAGAGCAGAGAGGAGUCCCGGGGGCCCCACAGAGGAGAGAGGAGUCCCGGGGGCCCCACAAAGCCACAGAGCAGAGAGGAGUCCCGGGGGCCCCACAGAGGAGAGAGGAGUCCCGGGGGCCGGAGGGCCCCACAAAUCCACAGAGCAGAGAGGAGUCCCGGGGCCCCACAGAGCAGAGAGGAGUCCCGGGGCCCCACAGAGCAGAGAGGAGUCCCGGGGCCCCACAGAGCCACAGAGCAGAGAGGAGUCCCGGGGGCCCCACAGAGCAGAGAGGAGUCCCGGGGCCCCACAGAGCCACAGAGCAGAGAGGAGUCCCGGGGGCCGGAGGGCCCCACAAAUCCACAGAGCAGAGAGGAGUCCCGGGGCCCCACAGAGCCACAGAGCAGAGAGGAGUCCCGGGGGCCCCACAGAGGAGAGAGGAGUCCCGGGGGCCCCACAAAGCCACAGAGCAGAGAGGAGUCCCGGGGGCCCCACAGAGGAGAGAGGAGUCCCGGGGGCCGGAGGGCCCCACAAAUCCACAGAGCAGAGAGGAGUCCCGGGGCCCCACAGAGCAGAGAGGAGUCCCGGGGCCCCACAGAGCAGAGAGGAGUCCCGGGGCCCCACAGAGCCACAGAGCAGAGAGGAGUCCCGGGGGCCCCACAGAGCAGAGAGGAGUCCCGGGGCCCCACAGAGCCACAGAGCAGAGAGGAGUCCCGGGGCCCCACAGAGCCACAGAGCAGAGAGGAGUCCCGGGGGCCCCACAGAGCAGAGAGGAGUCCCGGGGCCCCACAGAGCCACAGAGCAGAGAGGAGUCCCGGGGGCCGGAGGGCCCCACAGAGCAGAGAGGAGUCCCGGGGGCCCCACAAAUCCACAGAGCAGAGAGGAGUCCCGGGGCCCCACAGAGCCACAGAGCAGAGAGGAGUCCCGGGGGCCCCACAGAGGAGAGAGGAGUCCCGGGGGCCCCACAAAGCCACAGAGCAGAGAGGAGUCCCGGGGGCCCCACAGAGCAGAGAGGAGUCCUGGGGCCCCACAGAGCAGAGAGGAGUCCUGGGGCCCCACAGAGCAGAGAGGAGUCCCGGGGGCCGGAGGGUAAAUUCCAAUCGGCACGUAGGUGGCAUCGAUGAGUCGAUCCAAUUGUAUCAAUUCUUCCUGAUUGGUUGUCUGUGGAUUGUAAUACACCCCAACAGACUGAGCUCCGCCCCCAGCGUCAGGAUGAUGGACAGCAGCUCAGUGACGGGGGGAGGCUGGGGUGGGGUGGGGGGUUGGGUUGGUGACCUUCGCCCUCUCCAUCUGCCCCUACCUGGCAAUCACUGCAGCGGAUGGGGGCGGGGUCACUUCUGGACACUCCCUGUCACAUAUUAUUGGAUGUUUAUAAAAGGCGUAACCCCCGAGGAGACGAUCUGUUACAAUGUAUCACACGCAGAACACCAGGGGGCGUGUUUAUAA